GUCGACCUGAAUUCUUGCGGCGGUCCAAUCAUGAGAACUCUCGGGUUCUGAGAAGUAAAGCAGGACGAGGAGUGCAUGUGGACCAGGACGUGAGACGAUAGAGACACUAAACCGACGAUAAAUUUGGAAGUGAAUGUAGCUGCAAUGGAUGCUUGUCUAAACUGGGGAUGCUAAUAAGGGCGCUAACACGAGACCACCAGACCCAAGACUGACUCCUACUUGACUGGCGCUGGUUAUGAUCCUCUGCGCUCAGGCACUGACAAGAAAGGGAGUAAGAUGUUUGUGGGGUCUGUGGUUCGAUGGGCGGCAUGGGGCAUCCUGCUUCAGGCGGGACUGUGUCUCUCUGCGGGAAGUUGCCCUCCUCGUUGUUCGUGUCGGCCUGAGGCGAAGGAAGUCAUCUGCUCUGGCAAACAUUUUAACUCUAUCCCAGAGGGCUUUUCCGGCGAUGCAAGGCGUGUGGAUUUAUCGUACAACAAGAUUCGGACAGUGGGGCGCCGCCAGUUUUCUGGCCUCCAUGAACUUCAAGAUCUUGAUCUUAGUGAGAAUCUGAUCUCUAUGAUUGAGGUGGAAGCCUUCCAGGGACUACAAAAUCUCAGGACACUUCGGAUUAAGAAUAAUCGACUCAAGAUCCUCCCCGUCGGGGUUUUCUCCGGCCUGUCUGGUCUACGUUUUCUGGAUCUGAGCCAGAAUGAGAUUCUGGUCUUCCUGGACUACACCUUCAGAGAGACGGUGAACCUACAGAAGCUCGACGCCGACGAGAAUGACUUGGUGUUCAUCUCCCAGCGAGCUUUCUUUGGUUUGCAGAGUUUGCAAGAGCUCAACAUCGACCGCAGUAAUUUGACAUCCAUUCCGACUGAGGCGCUGUCUCAGCUCCAGAGCCUCACGUACCUUCGCAUGCUCCGCCUCACCAUUUCCACGCUGCCUAACAACGCUUUCCGCCGCCUGCACCGUCUGCACACCCUCAUCCUGGCCAACUGGCCCUCGCUUGACACUGUGGCCAGCAACAGCCUGAUUGGACUCAACCUCACCGCUCUGGUCAUCAGCAGCUGCAACCUCAGCGCAGUGCCAUACUCGGCUCUGCGUCACCUUGUCUACCUACGCUUCCUGGACCUGUCCUAUAACCCCAUCACUGUUGUUCAAGGUAAUAUGUUGCGGGAACUCCUUAGACUCCAAGAGUUACACCUAGCCAGGGGCAACCUGCUGCGAAUAGAGCCGGGGGCCUUCAGGGGCCUCGCCUCCCUCCGCAUGCUCAACUUGACAUCCAAUCAGCUCACAACUUUGGAGGAGAGCACCUUACAUUCAGUGGGGAACCUUCAGGUGCUGAGAUUGGAUGGGAAUCCCCUGUCCUGCGACUGCCGUCUGCUCUGGGUGGUCCGUCGGCGAUUACGCCUGAACUUUGAUGGACGUCAGCCCACGUGCUCGUCCCCCGACACCGUGAGGCAGCGGGAAUUCAGAGACUUUUCAGAAAAGGAGCUACCGAGGCUGUUCACCUGCCGGACUGCUCGGAUCCUGGACCGGAGGCCGCAGGAGGCCAGGGUGGAGGAAGGCACCACCGUUCUCUUCUCCUGCAAAGCGGAUGGGGAUCCUGCUCCGUCCAUCACCUGGAUCUCAUCGCACAAGAAUGCGGUUUCUCCGGUGGGAAGAAUCAGAGUUUUACCCAACGGUACGCUGGAGGUGCGGUUUGCGCAGGUCCACGACAGUGGCACCUAUCAGUGCCUCGCGGGCAAUGCUGCCGGCAAUGACAGCAUUACCGUCGGCCUCUAUGUGAAGGGGGGCCCACGCAACAGAACCAUCCCCUUCUUCACAGAGGAGGACUGGGUGGAGCCCCCGAUUCCCCAAGCCACCAACUCUUCAGCCCAACAGGCCAAGCCAUACCCCUUUGACGCCAAGACGCUGAUCAUCGCCACCACCAUGGGCUUCCUGUCCUUCCUCAGCUCGGUGGCCAUCUGCUUUGUUUUCAUGUUCUUCUGGAGCCAAAGCAAAGGCCAGAUCAAGCACACUGCCACCAUCGACUUUGUUCCUCGCUCCUCCAUGGGCGGCGGAGGGGAUGGCGGGGACGGCGGCAGGUUCACCAUGAAACUUAUUUAAAGCCAGCAAUGUGUUACCUUUUAGAGGACCGCCCAGAUGUGCUUCUAAAACAGUUUAUUGGAUUUGUCCUAACUUUAGAGCAGGGGUUCUCAAACAUUUUGGGUCCAGGGACCCCUUACAAGGAGACAUUUUUCAAAGUAAUCCUCUCAUAAUCUUAAGACCAAUUAAAGACACCCCUAAAAGCUAUAAGAAACAAAGAGCUUCCAAUUUCCAAGAAAAAAAGUUGUUAUAAAAAGGUUUUUUUCUUGGAAAAAUAGGACUUUAUUGCUGUAAAACAGAUUUAUUUGGUAAUACGUCAUAAUCAUACCAAACCUUUUAAUUGGACCAAAGCUAAGGUUACGGUAAUUUGUUUAUUAUGUAGUUUUAUUUGUCCGCCGGUCCCCAUACGAUAAGACAUAAUAAUGUAUUGCAAAUAAUUUUGCAAAUUAUGGCUCACGGACCCCAGUUCGAGAACCACUGCUCUCGGGCCAUGUUUCAUCUUAACUAAUGACCAUCUCACCAUGCUCGCUUUAUACAAAUGAACUGUUGUUAUUGACAUCAAAACACUUUCAAAAGCGGCUUCUGGCUCGUCAAAACCUUUCAAGUGCUUGUUUGAACAUCCAUUUUGUAAAGUUUUCAUUGCCAACACGAGUAGACAUGCUCACUGUGAACACCAGUCAGAUAAAAGCAAUAAAUACUGUCGGUGGAGUAGAUUAGCUAUUUAGUAGCAGCUCUGAUGCUUAAUGUACAUAGGAAUGUGACCUUUACCAUUUGAAGCUCUAGCAGGUCGGUCAGGAUCUUUUCUUACUUGAUUAUGACAUGUUUUUGUUUUUAUUAAGCAGGAAACCAUUUUGCUGUUCUUCUUUUUUUAUUUUCUACCUGCGCCACACUGGAGAACAUGUGCCUCACUAACUUCUUUUUGGAUGACAAUACGCUCCUGAGCGCCACCAUCUUGUAAAUAUUAAGGUCAAGGAUGUUUGUAUGUGUGUGCUGGGUUACUUUGCGUUAGUCUUAUAGCAUAAUUGCCUUAGUAUUUUUUUUUAUUAACUGGCAUAAUAUCAAUAAAGAAAUACUUAUGUGCUUGCUAUUUUUUUCUUCUUUUAGUCUGUAGAUUUUCAGUCAUUCAGGUCACGGUAAUCUGCAAAGGUUGAUGGACUCCUGUUUGUUGAUUUUGUUGUAUUUUAUCUUGUUUUCUGAUUAUGUUAAAAAAUGACUUGGGCAAUUAUGCUAUGGGCUAAUGUUUCUAUCAUUAGUCUCACAAUUACUUUUGAAGUGUGACAACUAUAAAAUGCUUUAACAAUACACAAUUGUUGUUUAUUUCUUAUUUUGAUAAC